GAUUGAAAAAUCGAAGUGAUAGUUCGAUUGUAUUGAAUUUUGUUGCGAAUGCAGUGAAAUUGUGGGAAUCGGAAUUUUCCGGUAUAUAUUCAUUAUCACAUAAGUUAGCCAAAUUGUCGCAGCAGCAGCAUCGUUCAUGUUCACGGCAUAAUAAGCCGAAUACAUAUUUUGAAAAUCGUUGUAUUACGUGCGUUACAGCAGUGGCACCACGUAUACUACAAAUUAUUUUAUUUACGCUACUUCAGCUAAUUGGAUUACCGGUGCUAGUUAAUGGCUGCUCAACUCGUUCACGAUACGAUCAGAAGAAAUUAAUAACAAAUCGAUUUGUUGAACUUAAUAAUUGUACGGAAAUUUAUUGGGGUUAUUGCCGAAACGGUGGCGUUUGUAAGAUGACAAUUGAUAUUUCACAACGAUCUAUACCAGUUUGCUCCUGUCCAACAGGAUUUCAUGGUCGACAAUGUGAACUAAUCAACGAUCCUAAUAUUUACUUUUCGCGACAACAAGGUCAAAUGGAAAUGGCUGCUAUGUCGGGUUCUAUGAUUGCACUUAUAUUUAUAAUUUUGUUUCUAUCAUUUACGUUAUACGUCUAUAAAAGAUGUAUGAAAUAUGGUAUAGAGGGAAAUAAUUCAUCAUCAGCAUUUGAUACCUUCGAACUUUCAUCUCCGACAAACGAGCAGAAACAAGAUUCCGAUACAGUUAUAAACGAGCUUGAGAAAAACGAAAUAAUGGGAACACGAGCGAAACAUCUACAAUUGGGUAAGAAAGUAAAUCAUUCAUCGAAUGUUUUUGAAAUGUUCACAUUAACCGGAUAUCCAGAUCCGGAAUAUUCUCAGCAUCAAAAUUUAUUCAGUAAAGCGACAAAAAAUCGAAAUAUGCCAAGAAGAGCAAGAAAUUGUAGUAGCAAUAUUAUUUUACCGGAAAUAUGA